AAGCUAUGGUUAACAAAGCGCCUGUACAAUGAGGCUUUGUAAUUAUCAUUAAGGGGUAAGUCUUGUAACGAGUGUCGAAUGAUAAAAGUGACAUUGGAAAACAGAUUUGUUAGACUUUACCAGUUAAAGCUACGGACACGUCCAAUCACAUGAUUUUGAAGCCCUGCUCCGCCAUCCGAGGCUCCACCUUUUCUGGCGUCUGGUCGGUAGCGCCCGCUCCACUUCUCUCACGCAACGAACGCUGUGCGCUUAAUGAUCUGCCCUGGUCUGCUCCAACAAUUCACUGAAGUUAUAAUAGCAACACCCGGAACUCGCAUUCUACACCUCGUUCUUCCAGUUGCACAAUCUCCUUUACCCUUUGACCUAGGAAAAAACCGAAACCUUUAUAUACAUAUAUAUAUCGAUUUGCCUGUUACAGAAACUGCCGCACACGCACACACACACACACACACACACACAAUGUCGCGCUUCUCCCGCCGAGACAGCGACGACGAGCGUCUACCCGCCGGCAUGCGCCGUGUCGGCUACGACUCGGACACGCAAAAGUACCAGUACGUCGACGAAGACGGCAAAUACUACGAGGGCUCGGAGGGCGCUCGUUACGGGCAAUUGAGGCCCGUCGGGGGAGCAGACAGCGACAGGCUAUGGUCGCGUGAGGAUCGCGAGAAUAGCAUUCGGGAGGGUCUCCUGUCGUCUGGCGACGAGGAGGAAGGGUUCGGACGGAAGGGCGGGCGAAGGAAGAUGGGCAUUGACGAUCGAGGCGAGACGUAUUUUCGCGCACAGAACCUGCUGGCAUACCGCUACAUCCUGCCGUUCGUCCUCGUCUGCUUCGUCUUCCUCCUCGUCGUGUUCCGCUUCCUCGAUUCCGGCACGUCGUCCUCGGCGCCCUCGCAAUCGCUAAACUGCCCCGAAGGCGCGGUCAAAUACGUCAUCAAGGACGAGGACAUCUGCGUGAACAUAGCGAGGAAUCACGGCUGUACGGUCGACGUUCUGAUCUCGCUCAACAGGGAGAGUGGCUUGGAAUGCAAUCACCUGGAAGUUGGGACGUCGAUGUGUGUGCCUGGCGCGGGCACGGUCGAGGACACGGAGUAGUAGGCUUCAAUUUUCAAUUGUUAUUUGAUUUGGGGCGUUUUCGGAGUAUAUUGGUCAAUUACAGGAUAUCGAUGCGCCUGUCGGACGGACUAGGCUCAGUAAUGUGAUAUUGUCUGAUGUGUCUGACGAGCA